GCUUUGCGGAUAUUUUGGCCCUUGCAAGGAUCCGUAGUAUUUUAACGCGCUGGCCUCCAUUACCGGACGUUUUCUGUGAAGGUCGUGUAUUGAAAGGUUGCAUUUCCUGAUCGUUCAGCAUGUCUCUUGCAAAGCCUCAGAUGAGGGGUCUCCUUGCAAAGCGCCUGAGGCGUCAUCUGCCCCUCGCUUUUGGCCUGGCUCUGUUUGCAGCAGCUACAUUCAAGUUCACAGUAACAGAGCCCCGGAAACAGGCUUAUGCUGACUUCUACAAGCAGUAUGAUGCCGUGAAGGAGUUUAACAGUAUGAAGGAGGCUGGUGUUUUUGAGAGUGUGAGGCCCUCUGGUGAAUAAAUUGAUGGUGGCUCUGUCUCUGCAUUUGUUCUAUCCUGCAGCUUCAUUUUUGGAUGUGAAAUGUAUAAUAAACAUGCAAAUAAACUAUUGUCAACUCCUA